AAUUUUGUCCACUUUUGGUAAAUACUGUCGCCGCCAUCUCCGACAAUGUUAGUGAAUUGCGAACUGUCCUUAGCCAAGCGGUCGAGUUGGGUCGAGUUCGUUGGAGCAGUUGGAAAUGUCAAUAAUCGACAUAAACACAAAUAAGUUAUACUUACGAAAGUUUGAGGAGCUUAUAAAGUAACGAUCGACAUGAAAGAAUAAUUAGAAUUUGAUCGUUGAGUUUGGAAAAAGUCUAAAUAUGGCUUCGGCGUCGAGCACCAGUGCGCGUAGCCUCUUUGUCGAGUCUAAAAUGCGACUCGCUGACAGAGUUCAGGUUAACGUCAAUAACAUUGCCUCUCUCGCGAGACAAAUUCAACGGGGCUCGAAAAGUAGUGAUGUGCUGAUGCAUUCAGCUAAAAAUUUCACUCUGCAGGAGCACAGUCUUGAAAACGCAGAAGUAAAUUUAAAAAAGCUUGUCCUGAUGACGUCUCACUUGGAAAUACAGUUGAAUGCCAUAGACCGCAGUUCCAUGAAACUGGAAGAUGUGACGGAACAAGUGCGAGCGAUGCAGCGAUAAGGCAGUAUUAUUUAUUGUAAAUAAACACAAGAAUACGUUAUUUAUAA